AUGCUCCUCACCCUCGAUCAAUCUGGUGACGCACGCCAGGCUAACUUCAUCGACGAGCGCGGACAGCUUCUUUACAAAACUGACACCCCAUGGAAGUUCGGGCACCGCACAACCACGAUCGUCAAGGCGCCCUCCAACGUCCCAGGGAUGAGCGGGGGCUCGGUACCUGUCGAGAUCGUCGCAGAGAUCGAGUGGGGGAUGAUCCACCAUCGGUUCAGGUUUGCGGGGCAGGAGCUCGAGGCUGGGAACUUUAUUCCAUCAAGGGGAAAACGCGUGUUCAACGGUCCCGACGGGCGCGAGUACGAGUGGAAGAUGUGCGAUAACCUGACCAGCUGCGAGCUCCGCACAACGCAAGAUAAACACACCAUCGCGCGUUCGCACCGCGCGCACUUCCACUUCUUCUCGGACAACGAGCGGCCUAAACUUGAAAUCUUCCCGGAGGGAUGUCACAUGCUCGAUGCGAUCGUGAUGACGUUUGUGUUCGUCGACCAUCUCCGCAGGGAGAAGAAGCAGAGUCAGCAAAGCUCCGCUGCUAAUAGCGGGGCGGCGGCUGGGGCGAGUGCCGGUGCAUGUUGA